GUUUUUGCCGCUGAACCUGUUCGUUCACUAACCCAACUUUGCUCUGCGCUUAUAUGCGCUGCCCUGCGCCGCCGCGCAGUGUUGCGGCACUUGUCGGUCAGUGCGCAUAUGUCAGCAUGAGGGCAUUGUGGUUCAAGAGGCCCCUCGUCGUCCUGGGGGGCGUCGGGAUUUUUUUCUACUUUGGCUUCUUUCUGAAUAGAGGAUCUGUCACAAGCUGGACCGGCGGAGGAGAGACGCACGAAGCGGUGCGGAUGAGCAGGAGCUUCUCGGACCUGGAGGCGAGCCUCAGCAACCUCACCAACAUAAUCCGAGCCUUCGAGAAAAAGCAGGACGCCAUACAGAAGAUGGUGGAGGACAACAGAGAGAGAAGAGCUGCAGAGCUUGGUCAAAAGCAGAACAAACAACCCGAGGCGGAUGCCCAGGAGGAGAAGAAGCCUCCCAAAGACAGCAAGUCCAGUAAAGUCUUCCCCAACUCCCCUCUGUUCAAGCAGUGGGGGGAGAAUCUGUCCGAGGACGACCAAAGAGAGGCACAGGAUCUGUUUGAGAAGUACGGCUACAACGUCUUCCUCAGCGACCGCCUCCCUCUGAACCGAGCUCUUCCAGACACCAGGGAUUCAAGAUGCCUGAAGAAGAGCUACCCCAAGGACCUGCCCAGUCUGAGCGUGGUGCUGAUCUACCUCAACGAAGCCCUGUCCAUCCUCAAACGAGCACUGCGCAGCAUCAUCGACCGCACGCCCAAGGACCUGCUGAAGGAGAUCGUGAUGGUGGACGACAACAGCAACAAUGAGAACCUGAAGGGGGACCUGGACUCGUACGUGAAGAUGCUGGAGCAGCAGCACCCGACGGUUCGCUUCGUCAGGGUGAGGCACACCGAGCAGCGGGGGCUCGCCUACGCCAGGGCCUCCGGGUGGAGAGCCUCCUCCGCCGACGUGGUGGCCAUCCUGGACGCUCACAUCGAGGUCCACGACAUGUGGGCAGAACCUCUGCUGACACAGAUCAAAGGCGACCGCACCGUGGUGGUGUCCCCUGUGUUUGACAGGGUCAACUUCGAUGACCUCCGGGUCAUUCGCUACGAGCCGGCGGCGCACGCCUUCGACUGGGCCUUGUGGUGCAUGUACGAGGGCUUUACUCCAGAUUAUUACAAGCUGAAAGACGGCUCUCUGCCUGGGAAGAGUCCGUCUGUCAUGGGAAUCUUUGUUGCUGAAAGGAAGUUCCUGGGGGAAGUUGGAGUCCUCGAUGAAGGGAUGAGAGUGUACGGUGGGGAAAACGUUGAGCUGGGAAUUCGCGUGAGUGAUCGGCCUCUGUCUGGACUUGGGUCAAAACCGUUUGCUUGUGCUGUAAAUCAUGACGUUGAUCCCACGCCGAAGGUGUGGACGUGCGGCGGCAGCGUCGAAGUGGUGCCGUGCUCCAAGAUCGCCCACAUCGAGCGAUACCACAAGCCGUACAUGCGGGACCUGGGUCCCGCCAUGAAGAGGAACGCCCUGCGAGUGGCCGAGGUCUGGAUGGAUGAAUACAAGCACAACGUCAACCUGGCGUGGAACUUGCCAUUCGAGAAUCACGGAUUUGACAUAGGAGACGUCUCUGAAAGGAAAAAACUCAGAGAGAAGUUGAAGUGUAAACCUUUUAAAUGGUACCUGGAAAACGUGUAUCCAAAGCUGGACCCGUGGGACGACCUCGUGGCCUACGGGGGGCUGAAGAACAUUAAUGCUAGUAUGUGCAUAGAUCAAGGCCCACAACCAGGCCACACGCCCAUUGCCUACCCCUGUUACUACUAUGGACCACAAAUUACUUAUUACCGUAAAAGCGGUGAACUGUAUGUUGGUGGCAUCAAGUCCCACAAAUACAACGACAACAGGUGUUUAACCGACGUCAACAAUAAAGACACGGAGCCUGGUCUGUACCCCUGCAAAGAGGCUAUGCAGAAAGGAAUGGGAAUAUACUGGGACUUUACUCAGGGCAAGACAAUAAAAAACAGACAGACAAAUCGAUGUUUGGAAAUUAAAAAUAAGAAACUUCUAAUACAGGAGUGUUCUGGUCAAGUGUGGGAAAUUCAGAACCUAAUUAAACCUUUUUGACGUGACUGUUAACACUUCUCUGCAGAAGUAUUGGACUGUAUAUGAUGUGAUGUAAGUAGCACCAAAAAAAUAAAAUGAUAAGUUUUGUAGAAUAUUCUCACAUUCUUUUGACUAAGGCUCAAAAAUAGUUUUUGUACCAGACUGUGAAACGUUCGAAUAGAUUUCUAAUGACAAAAACACAUCAUGUCUUCCUUUCAUCUUGUUCUGAAACGAUGAUUUAACCUGGUUGUAAUAAAAACAGGUCACUCAGGACAAACUGUUCAGAAGCAGCUGAUAGUAACACUAACACAAUAAAAGACAAAGGAAUAAAAGCACAGUUGAGAUUAGGAAAUGGGUUACAACUUUACCUUUGAGGUCGUUUAUUUUUAUGUUAUACUCUAUAUGUAGCGUAUAAUAUUUGUUAAUUAUUUUAUAAUAAUAUAUAAUAAUUUAAUAAUAAAUAAAAAAUAUUUUUUAAAUAAUUAAAAAUUAUUUUUACGGUGGUGGUUUAAUUAAAGAAAUAAAAUCUCCUGAAUUUCAGAAAUAGUAAAGAAUGUGUUUUCUUAAGUUAUUGGUUUACUGUAAGUAGAUGUAAACACGGUUUCAAAUAUUUUUAUUUGUGAAAACUGAUACUUGUAAAUAGCUUUAACGUAUUUUAAAUAAAAGUCUUUUUAAACAACUAA